AAACAUAUGGUUAUACGCAUGGGUGUGGACGUAUUUAAUAAGUUGCUGCUUUUAGGCGAGAAAAAUGCUGGUUGCAGUUCAAAAUGGCGUCAUUUGUUUACUUUUUGACAUAACAUAGGACACAUUUUGCAGUGGAGAGGCUUAUCCCCAAAGGUUGCUAUGAAGCUAUGGAAGACGUACAUCAUACCUCGGUCGUUGUAUGGAAUAGAAGUUCUCCACACAAAAACUCUGACAUACAACAGCUGGAGAAACAACAGAGGACUACGUUUGAACACUUUCAAGGCCUUCCAGAGAGGGCAGCAAAUGUUGGGGUUCAUAUUUUACUAGGUGCAGAACCGAUAGAAUCACUCCUAGACAAGAACCAACAUUCACUAUUUCUGAAUAUCUGUCGCCUUAAAGGGUCAACUGAGCAUGAGAUACUCUCUAGACAGCUUGCAAUGUCAACUCCAGGAGGCAAGUCUUUUUCUACAACCAUUCAAGAUGUUCUCAGAAAGUACUCCUUGCCAAGUGCCAGAACAUUACUUAACGAUCCCCCUUCAAAGCUAAAAUGGAAAUCGAUGGCAGACAAAGCAGUAUCAAAUUACUGGCACAAAGAAUGGACAUCUCAGCUUAGUGAAAACCCAUCUCUGAAGUACCUGCAGAUUCAGCGAAGACCUACAAAGGAACUGCACAAUAUAUGGCAGUCGGUACGCCCAAGGGAACACGAGGUGAAACGGGCAGAGAUAAAAGUAAGACUAGCGACUGGCACCUACGUACAACAAACGAAUGCAGCAAAAAUUAACAAAGCAGAAGUCACCAGAACAUGCCAGCUAUGUAAUAAAGCUGACGAAAAUUUACAACACUUCAUCCUGGAUUGUAGAGAAUUACAAGAGUCUAGAACAAAGGGGCUUCAAAUGCUCAAAAACAUACUUGAAAGAAUCCACCCUGAGGGCUAAACAUGCUGGUGAAGUCAAACAACCUUCUACAGCUUGUGAUGGAUUGUACUCACAAAGAUAUCUAAGAUAUACAUUGAAAUUAAAUGGAAAACAUAUUCUUGAGUAUUGCCAAUUUUUCUUCCCAAGAUAAUUCCAAAUAACACUUAUAGGCGUCAGAUUUCCAAUCUCCUAAUAACUGAAUAUGUUCUGGUAAAACAUUACGUUGAAAGGCUAAAGUCGCAAAUCCCCUACGGAAAGAGUGAGUGGAAAACUGAGAAGAAUCUAAAUUAAAUUUGGUUAUGCAAUCCCUAAACUUCUGUUGGAAAAGACUAUAAGUGAUACAUUUUCCACCUGGUAAUGAAAAAACAGCUCCCCACUUAUUCUCCAAGUUUAAAUGUUUCAAUCUGAUGUAAGCUGUGACUGGACACAACACUGAAGGUAACUUCAGUAAAGGAGAUAUAACCUUUCUUUCUCCAAACUGAAUUGUUUUUGACCAGUUGAAAUGUACUAGUAAAUGAUUAUCAAAAACUUCAAUGCUAUCUUUAUGUAAAAAAAUGUCCACUUAUCAAGUCUUGUUUUGAUGUAGGUACUAAAUUAGACUUCCUAGCAACCAAGAAAAAUGCAAAUAAAAACAAACACCAAUACACUGUAUCAGAUGGCUCACUAAAAUUUAAAAUACCAUAAAUGUCAGUCAAAAUUUCAAGUGUGACUGGUUUGGCGCGUUUAACAGUAUGUUGCUUUAGUCUAGUCAAGCCCUUUAAUGAUAAAUUGAGUAAAUAGGUGUUAACAUGUGCCAACUCCAUUCCUAAUAUGAAAUGUAAAGUCUUAACUCCAGCAAUAUAAUUCCGUAUGCUGUCAACUGAUUUAAAAGUUCUACUUAAAAACUGUGCAUACAAUUCUAAAGUGACAGUUGAUGCCGGCAAGAACGUAAGAUUAAAAAACAAACAAAAAAUUAAAAAGGUCUCCCACUGAAUUCUCAAAUUCUUAUUAAUACCUUGAGCAAAGGCUGACGUUGUAGUCACUUUCAAAUCCUUUCUCAAUGACUGUAACUCUGAAAACAAAAUGAACAGCUGCGAUGUUACCAAUCAUGAGAAAAUCUAAAAUUUUCCUCAUUAACCUCUACUUCAUUCCAAGACCCUGAAUGCACUGCUAGCUUGUCGAAUUCAUCUUGAAAUGACUGAUCUAAAUGCCAUCUGGACAAAUAAUCUGAUAAACGAUUUUUUGUACCU